UCACCGGUUCGCUCAGGGCUGAGGGGGGGAUUAGUGAGAGAGCUCCAGCGCCCCCACUCAGCAGCUCCAGCCUCAGAGAGGGACCACAGGGAUGCGCCGCUGCUCAGCUCUUCACAUUUAGGACCCUCGUCCGCUCAGACCCGCCGUUCGCCCGCCGAGCCUGUCGCUACUAACCUGCAGUUGAUGGACUUCACAGUUGGACACCUUGUGGUGAGCCAUGCUUCCCCCGCCAGCACUCCAGCCUCUUCUGGUUCUUGCAGCUUUCAUCAAACUGGGUUUUUUUGGAGCGCCUUCAGGUCCAAAGAAGGCUCAAGUAACUAACAACUCAGGAGUGACACCCGAAGGUCUGUGCGGUGCCUGGGUUAAAGAACCAGAUGGAGGGUAUUUCACAUCCCCUAACUAUCCUGAGAAGUAUCCCCCUGAUAGAGAAUGCACAUACAUAAUAGAAGCUUCACCCAGACAGUGCAUUGACCUGUACUUUGAUGAAAAGUACUCCAUAGAGCCGUCGUGGGAGUGCAAGUUUGACCAUAUUGAAGUCAGAGACGGCCCGUUCAGCUUUUCUCCCAUCAUCGGCCGGUACUGCGGACAGCAGAGCCCCAUGUAUGUCCGGUCCAGUGGCCGAUACCUUUGGAUUAAGUUUGUGGCGGACAGUGAACUGGAGGCCACUGGGUUUUCUGCAAGAUACAAUUUCACUCAAGAUCCUGAUUUCAAAGAUAUUAAGACCCCUCUGUCGCUGCCAGUGUGUGAGUUUGAAAUGAGUGGUCCUGAGGGCAUUGUGGAGUCUGUGAUGGUGUCAAAAGAGGGCAGGGCUCAGCAGACAGAGGCUGUGGACUGCAGGUGGUUCAUCCGGGCGCCACCUGGUGCAAAGAUCUACUUGCGCUUCCUGGAGUAUGAGAUGCAGAACUCGAAUGAAUGCAAGCGCAACUUUGUGGCAGUCUAUGAUGGCAGCAGCUCGGUGGAGCACCUAAAGAAUAAGUUCUGCAGCACUGUCGCCAAUGACGUCAUGUUGCUUACCUCAGUGGGUGUCAUCCGCAUGUGGGCUGAUGAAGGCAGCCGCAAAAGUCGCUUCCGCAUCCUUUUUACCACCUUCCAUGCCCCACCAUGUGAGGGAGAUACAUUUUUCUGCCACAGCAACAUGUGCAUUAACCACACGCUGGUGUGCAAUGGUAUCCAGAACUGUGUCUACCCAUGGGAUGAGAAUGGAUGCAAAGAAAAAAGGAAAGCCACGAUCUUGGAACACCUGGACCACACUAAUGUGACCAUAAUCGGGAUCACCUGUGGAGUGGUGAUCAUUCUGAUGACAGUGUCAAUCAUUAUCCAGAUCAAGCAGCCACGCAAGAAGUACAUUGUGAGGCGCGACGACUUUGACCCCGCCCUCCUUCAUGAGGCCUUCGAGCCACCCCAAUAUGAGCUGUGUGCGCUGCGACAGGCAGCAUCGGCCGAGGGUGAGGCCCUACCUGAGGAUUUCCCCAAGCUGCAGCGUUCCUCCUCUAAGUGUGUCCACGGGCACCACUGCGGCUCACAGGCGUCCAGUGUGCGGGGGAGCCGCACUGACCUGAGCCUGCGGGAUGCUGCCGCCAUCCUCUCCGAGAUGCAGGCAGUAACGCCACAGCCUCCACUCCUUCAGCAUCACACCCUUCCUGGCAGCCGCAGGAACAUCGUGGUCAUGAAGCACAGCUACUCUCAGGACGGCGCUGAGGUGUGCGACCUGGACGACGACCUGGAGGAUGGGCCCACCACCAGCCACGGUUAUGGCCAUGGGAGAAUGGGCAUGGAGAGAACUGUGCAAAGAUCAGUGUCUAAUGACUUCUGACAGACACUUUAACAGCACAUGCACAAUACACUGACCCCACAUCAGUAUGCUUGACAUGUUACAUUGAGAAAACAACAAAAAAAUCUGUAGAAAUGUCCAUUAUAAUUGCCCAUUCAGAGUGCAUUUUUUUACAUGUGUAUUAUUACUGAACAUGGUGUGCUAAAUGUGAUGGAACUUCAUAGUUCAUUACUUUGUGGUGGGCCGGUGGAUUCUGAGUCUUGACUUUCAGGAACUGUGUGCGCACUGCAUAGUACUGUAAGGAUUGUAAACCCAUCUGGAUUUUCAGAAGGAAGUCAACAGUGACUCUGAAGAUUAUAAAGACUAUUUGCUUUACUUCAAUCGAUUACAUUGAUCCAUUACAUGUUCCUCUCCAUCUCUGUCUAAUAUGUACAACAUUGCUUAUGUUCUUCAUCUGUCAAUAUAGGCAAAUAUACAGACCUA